AUGAUUGGGUUGAAGUAUAGUGCUAUUGAUUUCAAAAAAAUUAAGGACUUGUGCUCAACAGCUAGUGAACACCAACAACUAGAUUAUCCCUUACAAGGCACAAUGAUAUUUGAAACGGAAAAAUUAUUCUCUCAUACGGAAGGAUCAGGGCAGAAAAAUUUAUUACAAUUCUCUUCUUGUGUUGGCCGUCUGAAUUCUUCACUUGAAUCUGAAGAAGAUUCUAGUCCAAACAGUGUCUCAGAAUUUCCUAUGAUAAUUCAUCAGAUGAAAUCGAUUUCUAAAAGUGAAAACAAAUCAAGAUCUCGCAAACGUUUAAAAAUGUCUUGUACAGAUGAUGAAAAAGAUUGCGCAACAUUAAAAUCAAUGGAAGAAAAAAAAAUAUUAUGGUCAAACAAAAAACAAAAACAGGACACUUCAAACAACACAAAAGAUUCAGUGCAAUUAGAACAAAUAAUUCCUACACAUGCAGAAGACAAUUCAAUCAACACAAAAACAAUAAAUUUGACCUCGGCAUCAACUAAAAAAAAAAAAUCAUAUUCGCCUAAUGAUGAAAAACUGAUCUCACCAGAAGCGGACAAGAAGCCAUCCGACCGAAGAUGUAGAAGAUUUUACAACGACCAAGAAACAGAAAUACUUGAAAAUGCUUUUCAAAAAUCUAAUGGAUAUCCAGAAAAAUCGUUGAUUCUACACAUCUGCAAGAUUCUGGAUGUAGAUGAAGAAAGGAUCAGAAAUUGGUUUCAGAACAGACGAGCUAAAUGUAAAAAACCCGCGAAAGUAGCUCCAAAAUCUCCAUUCAAAUUGAUACUUAUUGCACCAGUACCUAAUGGAAUAAUGAACAACGUUUAUUCUAUCCAGAAUCCUUAUCUCCUACAGAUACCAAAUUCCAUGAACGAACCAACAGUUUUCAGUUACACUCCGAGGAUCUCAUAA